CUUUAUCUUUCCUUAAAAGAGGAAGGGCUAGGAGUAGGAUGAUAGCUAUCAAUUUGAAUAUUCUUGUGGUGAAACGAAUAUUAUUCAACUUCUUCAUAUAUCCUCCCAUUAUAGAUUGAUAAAUGUAACUCUGAUAACCAUGAAAGAAUUAAGAGCUCCGGAUGAUAUCUCUGUGAUGUAUUUACAUUAAAGAUAAGUAAUAAGCCAAACAACAUGAGCACAAUGGCAGCAGCGACGACUUCACAGCAACAAUAAUUUCAGUUCAACAGGGUUUCUCAUUCCCUUCGCUCACUCUCUCUGCUUCCCUAGGGUUUCUCAAUUCCCAAACUCUACCAUUUCUCCAAAUUCUUUGGGUUUCCCAUUGAAAUUAAGCUAUUAAUUGCUUUAAUUUCUUAAAUUUCCGUGUAUUUGUCAAAUUUUUCUUUCUUGCCCCGAAGAAGAAACUGGAAAUUGGUGAAAAUUAGGGUUAGGGUUUGGAUUGUAAAGAAUGUCGAAAGUCAGGGAUAGGAUCGAAGAUUUCAAGGAUGCUGUGCGCCACUCUGCUAUCUCUAUGAGUUACAACGAGUCCAAAUUGGCAGCAAUUAUGGCGAAAUUCAUUAUUCAUGCCCCUCGCCAAAGGUCACCUUUUACCAGAGCUGCCCUCAAGACGCUCGAAAGCAUUGGAACUCUGGAACAGUUUAUGUUGAAACAUCGAAAGGAUUAUGUCGAUCUGCAUCGCACCACUGAACAGGAGAGAGAUAGCAUUGAGCAUGAAGUUAGUACUUUUAUUAAAGCAUGCCAAGAACAAAUUGAUGUUCUGAAAAAUAGCAUUAACGAUGAUGAGGCAAACUCAAAGGGAUGGCUGGGCAUUAGGACUGAUUACUCUAAUGCUGAUACUAUAGCUCACAAACAUGGUGUGGUUUUGAUUUUAAGCGAGAGACUCCAUUCAGUCACGUCACGUUUUGAUCAGCUAAGAGCCAUACGCAUCCAAGAUUCCAUUAAUAAAGCAACACCAAGAAGAAAACUUAAGCGGAUUAAGACUACAGAAUCUGCAGAUACCUCUAACUCUAACAAUUUGGAGCUCAGGGAACCUAAUGAAUUUCAACCUGAGCCUCUAACAGUGCAACAACAACUUUUAGAUGAUGAAACACGUGCCCUUCAGGUAGAGCUGACUGGCCUUCUAGAUGCAGUUCAAGAAACCGAAACUAAGAUGGCGGAAAUGUCUGCGCUGAAUCACCUUAUGUCCACACAUGUUUUACAACAAGCUCACCAAAUAGAGCAACUAUACGAUCAGGCAGUUGAAGCUACAACGAACGUAGAGUUUGGUAACAAAGAGAUCUCCAAAGCAAUCCAGCGGAAUAGCAGCAGCAGGACGUUUCUUUUGCUUUUCCUAUUUGUACUUACUUUUUCGAUUCUCUUUCUUGAGUGGUAUAGUUAAACGCAUUCUUCGUCGUAUAAAUUAUGUUCUCCAGACUUUCACACAGGAAAUCGGGAAGAAUGCGAAAAGUUGAGUUGAGUGAUGUUUACUUAUAUUACUUGUCUCCUCUUGGGUUCCAAGUGAUUGGAAUUGUAUUUACAGAUGUAUAUUUUUCACUUUACCAGACCAAGAAAUACCUGAGGUAUGUUAUCCCCAAUUUUAGGAUAGUGUGUUGUAUAUUCAAAUUUUGGAUUUGGCUACAAUACUUUCAUUUAUUUAAUACAAAUAUCAUUUCGACGGUUA